AAAUUGCUUUCACAUUGCCAAAAUACAUGCGACCUUGGAAAAAUCCCUGCGAAAGUUCUCGUAAUUUUGACAAGUACCUAGGCCUACUACAUGUAUUUAGUGGGUAUUUUCUUUCAGGAAGAUUACGCGUAAUUUGCUUUCACAUUGCCAAUAUUACCUGGUAUUUUCUGAUCGAUCGGGGAAAAUUUCCCGAUCAGAAAAUACCUGGAACUGACGAACUUCGAGGCGGUCUGAAACAACGUUUUAUUGACUCAAUCAGUGAGUUGGAUUUUAGUUGAUUGAUUUCAUCAAGUUAAAUAACACUUUAAAACUUACGCAUAGGAUGUGCUUAUUUCAACAAUAUGAAUACCAGGUUUUGAGCUUGGUAGCCACAUUUGUAAUUAUAAAAGGAGGGAGGCCUAUAAACCAUUUUGAACUAUAACUACAAUGUAAAUACAGAUUUAGAAUUUUUCCAUUUGCCUUGGGCUUGUGUGUGAAGUAAAAGGUGGAAUAUUAAUGGUGCAUAUUAAUAUUAUUAUAUGUGAAAGGUCUUCAACCCGUAAGGCCUGCAUAGUAUCUAUGAUAAAGACCAGCAUGACUUGAUUGUGAAAAAAAUGCUUUUCCUAUGCUUCACAGAUUUCCAAUAGUUUUGCUUCAGAACAGAACACUGAAAAAUAGGACUUUGAUAUUCAUUCUUUUCUUUCUUUUUGAAUUCACUGUAAUUAUUACAUGGUAACCUCUUGAACUUUGGGAUUUCCCACUUCCAUAAAUUCUUAAAAAUGAGUCUAGAACUUUACAUGUAGUAUGUACAAAGUCUCCUCAUUCUUAUGUACAGAAACCAGUAGGCCUAUCGUAGGAUUUUACUUGCUCUUGAAAGCCAAUACAGUGUAUUUGAUAAAGGGAAUUUGUUGUUAAAAAAAUGAAGCAUUGUUUAUAUUUUGCUCUGAGCAAUUGAUUUGGUGGAAAUUGUGAGAGGUGUGUCAUAACAUGGCAGCUACAUGUAUUCUAAUUUAGAAUUGAAUGAUACAUGUAUGUGCAUGGCAAAAUAUGUCUGUCUUUAAGGUCUGUGUUGAUUCUGUCUUCAUCAUAUGAAACAGAAACUAAUCAAUGAUAUGCCAAUAGAAUGAAUUUGAUUGGUCUGGGGUAAUUUUCAUUGGUGUGACUAUACAUGUACAAUGUAGGUCUACAUUGUACAUGUACAUGUAGUAGAGGUGCAGAGGAUUUAAUAUGAGAAUGAAGCAUUUGUUUAUUGUAAAUGCUUGAUAAUGUGCACUAUUGUGAGGACAAAGUACAAAAGGAUAUGAGAAUGACGAAGAGGCAAGUUGUCUUUGCUAAAGUUUGAAUGUACAGUGACUGCUGUCUGCUUCCCAGCAUGUACAUGUACAUGUAGUACAUGUACACAAGCCUGUCUAGUGAAACUUGUAUUGAUAGCCUUGAGGGACACAAAAAGUAUGGCCUUUCGACCAAGUGUAAAAGUAAUUGGCCUACAUGUAGGUGGCCUCUUGACAUAGGUGUUUAAGGUUCACUUUUCUUGAACAACAUACAUUCAUGUACAUGCAUAGAUUGUAUUAUGGUUUAUGUUUUUGCCAUGUUUAAUUCUCAGGAUAUCAUCUGCUAAGAGCCAGAAAGAAAAAAAACAUGGAAUACCCUCAUGUGGAAGUUCUGACACAUUUUGUGUUGCAUGAAUAUUGCGUUGCACUAUAAAGCCAAUCAAUAUGCGAUCAAUUUUUGAUUUGAUAUUUUUCAUCGCAUGAAUAGAGUGAUUGUUGAUGGAAACAGAAAGUUUUUUACAGGCUGGGUACAUGAAUAAUCUAAUUAUCAGUAUUCAGUGAUAUUUGAUCUUUGGUUCAAAGGAUAAAUUACGGUACAUGUACCUGGUUCUCAGCAGAUGAUAUUAAUGACUUUUUUGUGAGAGCUACCACUUACAGAUAUUUUCUUUCUCUUCCAUUUUACAGGGUGGAUCUGUGUAUGAACCUAAUCGAAAUUGGGACAGCGAAUAUGUAGCAGGAAUCCAGUCUGGUUUGAAAUUCCACCUCGUUCGCCAAAGUGUAGACUAAGAGCCAACGUUUGGAAGGUCCCUAGAAGAGCAUUGAUGGCGGGGUCUGGCAACGGCCCAGCAUCAGUGCAAGAGUGGCUCCAAUCACUCCAUCUCAACCAGUUCCUCAAUGACUUCCUCUUCUCUGGCUAUACCGACCUGUCCAAGUGCUGCCACAUCACAGAGGCAGACCUUGUGCGACUUGGAAUCACACAAGUGGGGUAUCAGAAGCGCAUCUUGAGCAGGUUGCCUAGUGAGGCUAAUCUCAUUGUCAUGGAGUUCUCCGGCCAGAAUUCAAAUACCAAUGGAUCAGUCCUUGGACAGCCUAAACCAUCACCUCGCAAGGAAAAGAAACCAGCCAUCGUGAAACCUAGUAUUGAUAAAACAGAGUACAUGGAGGUGACACCUCAGAUGGGCCUGUCAAGCGAGGAUAUUCCUAGGAAGAGCGCACCUAGGUUAAAUGAUUCUUUCAGGAGCAAAAGUGACAAUGAACUGCUUGGACCUAGGUCACAAAAGCCGGUUCCUAAGCCAAGGGUUAAACAAGGAACAGGCAAGAGAAAUAACCCUCCACCAUUACCAGAGAGGGGGAAACCAGUUCCUCAACCAAGAGCACCACCUCCGGUUCCACCUCAAGUGCUUCCACAAGGUCCUCUUCCUCCACAAGGGUCUUCCCUCCCGUUAAGUCAAGUUGAUCCUGAUGCUACAAUCGCUAGUCAACCUCGAGAAGAAGCAAAGGCCAUACAUGGUGCGGAGGUGGUUUCGACAGUUAGUACAAAUCCUUUUAGCGCAAUAGAUGAACCUGAUGAUCUAGAUCAGUUUGAUCCCCUUAUUACCAGCCCGUUUAAUCCUUUUAAUGACAGUAAACCGGUGACUUCUGAUGUUCCCUUACCCUCCGCUGUGACUGUUAAUCAUGAUGGUCCUGAAAGCAAACUAGGACUUGAUCUCAGUACAAGACCUGUUCCUCCUCCUCCACCAGUUAGAAGUGAUCCUCCUAGUCCUCCCAAUAUUCCUGUGGACGAUUUACUUCACAGGCCAGUGCCUCAACCACCUGAAGUUACUUCUUUCAAGGGGGGUGAUCUGAGGCCAGUGCCACAGCCUCCUGAAGUUACAUCUUUAAAUGGGGAAGAUCAGAGGCCAUUGCCGCAACCCCCUGAAGCUAUUUCUGCCAAGGGAGAACAGAGGCCGGUGCCGCAACCCCCUGAAGUUAUUUCUAUCAAGGGGGAAGAACAGAGGCCAGUGCCACAACAACCUGAUGUUACUAGCUUCAAGGGAGUUGAUCAGAGGCCAGUGCCACAACCACCGGAAGUUACUUCCUCCAAGGUGAAAGAUAGUGAAAAAUUCCAGGGGGAAUUUUCAUCACCACCACCUCUUCCUGGGAAGAAGUUGCGACAUCCAAGAUCAGUAUCAGAACCAAAGAAUUUGAAUGAAUUCCUCAAAACAAGAAACCCUCCACCACCACUACCUCCUGGGAUAGCUGAAGAGGGUUCUGUCCAACUCCCUCCCCUUCCUCCCCGACCUAUUCCUACAUGUACUUCUGAAGUUGCACCGUCUGUGCCUGCAAUAUCUCUUAUGGAUGAUACAAUAUCUUCAAUAGCCGAUCUGGAAAUGUUAGAUCAAUGGAUGAAGAACACUUCAGAAGUGAAUGCAAAUAUUGACAGCAAGGACCUUAAUGAAAGCAUGUCAGUUGAUAACAGUCUUGUUCAGUCAAACACUAGCAGAGAUGGUUCAUCACCUUCAAUAGAUUCCAAUAGAAAAAGUGAUCACUCGAGCAGGAGCAGCCAAGAUGACACCCACAUGGCAUCAGCUACACAUUGGCCUGACUCUGAUCAUAGUGAUGUACCCUUCAAUGGUGUGUCAUUAAACCCCAAUAGCACCUUAUCAAGUAUUGCCUCAACAGACAGUGAAAAGAUUAUCUCUAUUCUUGAUGAUUACAGACAGUCGGGAGACAUGACCCCGAGUCAAGAGAGUGUCCCCAGCCCUGAUACAUCUUUGAACCAGGAAGACUCUACUGAAGAUUCCACAAAUUUGAAUACAUCUGUCGACAAUGAGAGCCUCUAUGGGGCUAUCUGGGAACCGGAAUCGCGACCACUACCUCAGGUCCAUUCUGUUCAGUACAGGAACCCCCCUCCUGCUGGUGAGUCCUCUGAAGAUGCUACAUAUCUACCAUUGAUGCAAUGUGUCACAGGUGAUGCGAGACCUUUGAGCACUGUUGAAGGGGGCAUACCUGAAGGCCCUCCCCCACCAAUACCAACCUCGGCAGCCCGUCCUCUACCACCAACUCCGGAGAGGCAUUCGCAAGGCGCCACUGAUCCAGACAUGCCAGAAGGUCUCCCACCACCGGUACCAACGUCAGCUCGUCCUGUCCUGCCAGCCUCAGCAGCACAACCUGGAAUAUCAAGCAGCAUUGACAAUGAUAUGCCUGUAGGUCCGCCUCCUCCUGUUCCAACCUUGACUGCUCGCGCUGUACCGCAAGCUCUGGGUGUCCCAGCCGGACCAUUAAGCUCUGUUGAUCAGGGCAUGCCUGAAUAUUCCCCACCUCCAUUACCUUCCUCAGUAGCCCGUCCUGCACCCCCUUUGCCUGGCACCAAUAUCCCCUUGCCUCCAAGUAGUUCUCCACCACCUUUACCAGUACGUAGGGCUCCUCCUGCCCCUCCCGUCAGGAUAGACUCUCAGAAUGUUGACAGGCCUUCCCCAUCCCAUUCUGCAGAAGACAUCCUCAUGCAGCUUGGGGAUGACCAUAUGAAAGAGGCUGAAGAUGGGUAUGACUUCCUAGAACACUUUCCAAAGUCAUCUUCCCAAAGUUCUUUGCCUGAAGAGGAUGAUGUGAUUGUCAUCGACUUCAAAGAAGAUGAUAUUGACACGGAUGAGGAAGAUAACUUCCAUGUUACUAUUCUAGAUGGAGCAAGGUCAAUUGACUCGGUAAGCUAUUGAUGACACAUUUUUCUACUUCUAUUUCAUUACUUGUACAUAUUCCCCUGCACGAACCUGUCUUCCCAGUCUUUAAACUUCCCUUUCCCCGUGAUAUUGCCUCAUUCUUGUUUAACUUUUUGAGGAUGGUACCCUUGGUGAAUUUGAUAAAAUUCUAGAUAACUU